AUGUCAACUGCUAGGUUGACGUUUCUUUACCCGCACCUGUUCCGCUCCCCUCGUUUCGGCGAGUCGGCAACUCAAGCUGCCACGCACCUCACCCGUCGCAGGGCAGCGCGUGAGCCCUGGCGCCCUAUCAGAUGCCAACAGACCGCAAAUUAUGCGAGGGCAACGUCGCCCAAGCGAGCUACCUAUAUUGCGCGACACGGCAAGGCUGUUGAGCCGCAGCCAUUAACCGGCGACAACAAAGCCGAUACCGCCAAGUCGGCUGCACAGUCUGACCCGCAGUCCAAGACGUCCAAGUCUGGCCGUACAAAGGCUGCUUCUCCGACAGAGGCCACUGCAGCCGAGAGCCCCAAAAAUGCCCCCGCAGGUAGCGCGACGGACAUCCCCCCAGUGAUCGAGCUUUCGGCCCCGACCGCACCGCCUCCUCCUCCGCCUGGUGCCGAAGACAGUGCUGGAGAGCUCAAGAAAGCCCGGUCUAGUGGACCGAUGGAGACGAUACUACACAUGGGCAGUCCGGAGAUGAUGCAGAGACAGCACCCGCACCUCAAGCCGGCUCCGUAUGUGCAUCACUUCGACACGUAUUCUCUCGUUAAGCGGCUCGAGGAGGGCGGCUACACGCAGGAGCAGGCCAUCACGGCGAUGAAGGCAGUGCGUGGGUUGUUGGCGCAGAAUCUGGGUCAGGCCAAGGAUGGGCUAUACAGCCGCAGCGACAUGGAUAACGAGACAUACCUGUUCCGCGCAGCCUGCUCUGAACUGAGCGUGGAGCUCCGGAACAUGCGGCGGAUCAAUGACGAGCAGAUUCGCCAGCAAAGGACACAUGUGCAGCACGAGGUGGAUAUCCUGACUCAGUCGCUCAACCAGGAGCUUCUGACACUGAACGACAACGUCAAGGGAAUGUUCAACGACAGGAGGAUGGCUGUGCGAGAGGAGCAAAAAGCAGCCGAAAGUGCUAUCCAGCAAAUCAACUACAAAAUCAGUGUCACGCUCAACAGUGACGCAAAAUCCGACAUCGAGGGCCUGCGUUGGGUCCUGAUACGGAGAGGUGUCCUAGGACUUAUCCUGAUGACACUCUUAUCGCUAGGCGCCAUGCGCUACGCAAGCUACCGAAGCCAUGAGAAGAAGAAGAGACUUAGGCGGCAGGCCGAAGAGGCUCAAAAAGCCCACAUGACCGAUCGGACAAUUGAUCGCAGCUCGGCACCCGACGCCGCAGCGCUGCUGGCAGCAAACUAA